UUCGCACCGUUUCGACAACUGAUAAAACAUGCACCGUUUCCGUAUAAAACCCGGCAUUAGGGAGCCUACACAACUAUUAACUCGGUUCUUUGAAUGCUUCGUCGAUUCGUACUUCUUGGUCUUGUUUGCUUGUCAAUUGUCAAUGCAGCAUCUGAUGUUGCUGGUCCAUUGACUGAUGAUUUUCAGAGUUGGCUUAUAGCUAACGGUUACUCAUCUUAUGACUUUGUUCGAGCAGACUAUGGAACUCAGGGAAGCUAUGGAGGAAAAACUGCAAAUGCUCCAAAAGCCGUCAACACUCCAGUUGUCUUUAUUCAUGGAAACUCUGAUGCUGCACUUCAUGUGAGCUCCGCUGCUACUGGAUGGUCGAACUCUAUCGAAUACUUCCUUGAGCAUGGAUACACCGUUGCAGAGCUCUACGCGACGUCUUGGCAGGACACCAAUGCUUUGCAUGCAGCAUCGAGAACCCAUAAUUGCAAGGAUCUAGUCAGACUUCGCAAGUUCCUCGAGGCAGUGCUCGCCUACACAGCUGCUCCAAAGAUCUCAGUUGUCACUCACAGUAUGGGAGUUACCCUUGCCAGAAAGAUCAUCAAGGGUGGAUCAGUCAGUGCAUCUGAUGGUUCCUGUGAUUUGGGUCUUCCGUUGAACAAGAAGGUCGAGGUGAUGAUUGGAAUCUCUGGUGCCAACUACGGACUUUGCAAUUGUGAGGGUGGAAGUGCAACACUUGAAAAGACAUGUAACAGAGUGAAUGGUCUCUGGCCAGGAGAUUCUUGUGGAUUGAACUACUUGGAUUGUGGAUUGACACCUCUUCCAUGGCCAUGCAGUGGUGUCAACUAUUCCUCAUUCUUGAUGCAACUCAAUGCAGAUAAGAAUAAGGAGGGAGACUACGUAUUCAGCAUGUGGAGUCUUUCCGAUGAUCUUAUUGAAUACGGAACCCAGGUAUGGGGACGUUCAACAUGUUUCAUUCCGACUUCUGAUGGAAAAGUCGUCUACCAUGUCUAUACCCAUAUGGAGACCAAGGAGUUGACCUAUGUGGAUCAAUACCAGAUGGUCAAAUACAAGACUAUCCCAACACCAACUGCAUAACCAUGUGUAGUUCUUCCAUUUUUCUAUAUACAUAUAUACUUUACAUGUACUACUAGCCAGUGUGCCAUAUGAAUAUUCUGACUAUUACCGGUAGGAAAAUCCUCUUACAUUUUGAUAUGACCUCUUUUUGAUUACAAAUGAAGAUUAGACAUUU